GCUUCAACUCUGAUCUCUUUCUUCUCUCCAUUUCAGACAUAGUCCUGCUCUAAGCUAUUCACCACCGAGUCCCCAUCUCAACCAGUCCCUGUAUUCCGGCUCCCUGCGAGAUGGUGACCACCACACAAAACGAAAAGAAAAUCCAGAGACAAAAAAAUCUGCAACUACAAAAGACAGACCCAAAAAAUCCUCUUUAAGCAUGUCAAAUGAGAAACCAGCUGAAUGUACUGACACAUCGAACGAUAAAGAAUCCGGCAUCAUCAAAAAACGAAAGUCACACCUGACACCUACCAGUGCCAAACUCUACGAGUGGACCGAUUCCCCUGAUGACGAAUGUACUUCUCUUAGCCCAAAACCGCGACUGAACACUCAUGUCGCCCAACAGAAUUCUCAACAGUUUGCCCCACCACCGAAGAAAGAGAAGAGUCAGAUGAGAAAGGAGAAACACAGCAGUAAUUCGACAAAGAGGGCCAACAGACCACCGCGGUUAAAGAACAUUGACCGGAGCAGUGCCACGCACAUGUCAGUGACAGUCGGUAGUGUGACGGUGGUGAUUACGGACUACCAGCCGAAGAAAGACCGACGGUCUUCGACGGACACUCAGAACGUCAGUCCUUCAGACAGCAGCGACACGUCGUCACCAACCACAGCCAACGACUACCACGAGGACUCGAGCGUGGACAACAACUGAGGACGGAGGGGUGCGGAGAGGAAGAGGAGGAGGAGGAGAGAUAGACAUAGAUUAUAGGGAGUGUGGUGGCGUUGCGAGCAAGCGAGAGAGAGGAGGAGGAGGAAGAGGAAGAGGCAGUCAUGGAACGAAGGCAUGGAAAGUGGGUGGGGGGGAUGCGGAGGAAAUUCAGGGUAGGGCAUUCAGAGGGGACACGCAGUGUUGAGUAGGGGACAGCCUUGAAGGGAGCAUCAGGGAACAACUAAAAUGAACGGUAAGUUUGGCGAUUUGAAUCCUAGAUCCCUACUGUGGUGGUGGGGGGCGGGGCCCUGUAGUCAGUUUGUUUCCCUUUGUUUUUGCUAUUGCAUUAUUUGACAUUAAGGGGCCAGAUGGAGAAGGGGUCCAUAUAUAUAUUGUUCCCUGUAUAUCAUCACCCCCCCUUUUUUUUUUUUUUUUUUAAAUUUUAUUUAAAAAAAUUUUUUUUUUUAAAUUUAAUUUUUAUUAUUUAUCUGAAUUUUUUUAGAUUUUUUAAAAAUUCCAUCUGUCAUUUGGCAUUGUACCCCCAUGCACAACAUGACUUUACUUUUAUUAUUAACCGUAAGUCAACGAGGACUCUCUUCUGCUACGUGGCCCCUCAACCUGCUAUGUAUAAAUAAAUAAAUA